AUGAGUGCCACUAAUGCAAAAAGAAAACGACAAGCACCAAACCAUGUGCCAAUCACAACCACUCAAUCAAAUGUACUAUAUAGUCUUCUGGAUUGUUACGAAUUCUUAGCACCCCAUGAAUACUCGGAUAGAACAAUUGGCAUACAAGCAUUUUUAACACGAAAAUCCGUUGGUGAUAUAAAUUUUUCUGAUAUUAUUGAUGACAGUGAAAAACGCAAUCGGCAAGGGCAAACAACUAAUUUUGUUGCAAUAUUGGAAGAGAAACUUUCCAGUUUACCUAUCAUUGAUGCAUCCGUUGAAAAGUGCUUAAUACUAAGUCGAUUGAUAAGCUUUAUUAAAGAGAAUGAAACACGUUUUACAUCGAUUAUAUCUGACAUACGACUUGACAUGCAACUAAAGAUGGCAGAUCAUCAAACUGUUUCGAGUGCUUAUAAUUUUCGCGCACGUGAACACGAAUUUAAUUCAAGAAAAUUUGCUCAAGAAAACCGACGUCUUUUCUAUUAUAGCCACGAUGAAAUCAAGCAACCUCCGAAUCUGGUAUAUUUACAAAAUAGAACCACAGAACAUUUAACAUAUAUCAUGGAUCAAAUGUUGCGUGAUCCAAAAUCUCGUCAGACAUAUUCAAAUGAACUGGACAAAAUACUCCGCACCUCAUUUUUUAUUGUUGAUCAGCCUCAUUCUGGCACAACUCCUGUCACUAUCUACGAACGAAAAGCUCCCGGUGAAUAUACAGCUAAAAUAUCAGUUACUAUCAUAUCACUAUUAUAUGACUUUAUGCAAACGCAUCCAAAUUUAUUAGAACUAUUCGAUAUUGAACCUAGUUUGUAUCCUUCAUCUGCUCAUUAUAAACUUGAAGAACCUCGAUCACUUUCAUGGAAAACAUGCCAAGUACAAACAGCACCUGGUGGUAAAUCUCGAACAUUUCUGUAUGCUGAAUUAUCGGCUAUUACUAUCGAACAGGCAUUAAAAACUGAUACACGCGUUCGAUUUGCUCAAUUAUUACAUUCAUUUAAAUUUGCAGUCAAAGUUCAACUUAAUUUGGCUGAUAGUAAAAUGCCACUAGUAUUUCAAAUCCCAUUGGAAUCAGUACGGUUCGGUAUUGGCGCUCAUAACAAUCAAAUUCCACAAUUAUUAGCACGUGUUAUAAUUGAUGAUAUUCAACGAAUUUCAAAAGCUCAAUUAAUUGAUGUUAAAACUAUGCUAAAAUAUAUGCAACGUUAUUUUAUUCAUCGCACAGGUGUUCGACCUAAUGAGUGUGUUAAUAUUUUUCUAGAACAAGAAUUAAUCAAAGCGACAAACCAAAGAGUUAACUUUCAAUCCAUAGAAGAUGUUUACUGGGAUUUUCUCGUUCAUUUUGUACAUCAAGUUGAAUUCAUGGGUAAACACCCAAUUCUUUCUAUGUUUCAUGCCGAUGGUCUUUUUCUUGGUAUAUGUAACAGUGAACGAGCAGCUGAAGCCAUUGUUCAAUCAGGUAUUGCCAGUUCACCGGUAAUUGCACUUCGUUUGAAUUCGAUUCGAGUCGAUUAUAAUGUUGUGGCAACAUCUUCAACCGGUAUCAAAUCAGUCAAACCUUCUCCGUGCGCUGUUCGUGUUGAUAUCUACAAUGAUCGUACAAAAAAGUUACAAAAUCGUACAUUUGAUACUGGUAUACUAGCAGCUGAUAUUAGCAAAUUUGUACUCUCAACUCAUACGGAGAGUGCCAAUCGGAUACACGUCUUAUCGAAUUUCAAUGAUAGAGAAAAUGGUAAAACCUUUUUAUCAUUUGGUGAAUUUUCAAAAUACUAUCACGAGCGGUUACAACAAAUAUUAAAAAAUGAUGAAAAAUAUAAACCAGUUACAGAUCUUGUUGAUAAUGCUAAUGAUGGAAAUGUGGAUGAAGAUAUUUCUGACAUCCAAAGUCAAACUUCUAAUGAUUUAUUUCCAUUCAGUCCAAACUCAUUUUCAUCGUUUCUUCCAAUGACGCCAUCACUUAUAUUCGACAAUGAACAAAGUUCUGAUUCCAAUAGUGUUCAUGAUUAUACGACUAUACCAUAUGAUAGUCAAAACAAUAACGUUGCAGCACCACAACAUGUUUGUUCAUCAUCCGAUCGCAUACAACAGCAGCUACAGUCACAGUCACAGUCACAGCCACAGCCACCACUACAGCCACAACUACAAUCACAACUACAACCACAACCACAACCAUAUUCAUAUGUAAAUGAUCAAGAAGCUUUAAUAAAUAUUAUUCGUACUCAACCAAAUAUUGCCGAAGAAUUUAUGCGUCGAUGUGGUAUUUACAAUGUGGCUGCUCCAACGAGCGUAUCACAACAAAUUCCACAACAACCCCCAAUACAAUAUCAAACACAAUCGUUUCCAUAUCAACCAUCAAAUUCGAUUGGUGUCUUACAACAACGGCCAUCACUACAAAUACCAUUACAGCAGCCUCAAAAUCAGCCAUUAUAUCAUCAGCAACAGCCGCACAUUUAUCAAAAUCAACAAGAACUACGAAUGUCGUUUCCACAACCAAUGCAACAACAAAGCGCACCGGUACGAUAUCAGGAUCCACAACGACUGCCGGGAUCUUCCGUAAUUCAUUACCUACCAAAUAAUGCAAAUCUAUCACCAUCACCACGAUUAAUUCAACCACCACAGCAAUUUCAGAUUCCUACAACAAAUGCUCCUGACACUUUACCUCGAACUGUUGUGAAUCGAACGAAUAAUUGUCAUCUAUCGAAUGAAAAUUCAAAUGGAAAAGCUACAAGCUUUGUUCAACAACAAAUCCCACCAAUUCAGACAUCCACGAUGCUAACCGAGGAACAACUUCAAAACAUCAUCGACGAGCUUACCAGUAACCCGGCAACUACAAAUAAUAAUUAA